AUGCCCAGCCGUCGUCGCACCCGCAGCGGCCUCACCCAAAACAAACUCAAGCAGUACAUCAAGAAAUCGCUACCCUACACCCGCAAACUCCGCUCCUCAGUACCAAUGGAGUACGACCCCGAUACCCAGCGCAUCCGCGCCCGCCUCGACAACUACGCUUCUCCGCAGGAGAUUGCCGAGGAAGCGUACCGUGUCUGCCGCAAGAAUGCGGAGUUGAGGAAGGAGUUGGAGAGCGUCAAGAAAAGUGUUGUAGUGCCUACACACUUCCCCGUUCCCGUCGUGACUACAUCUACCACGCCAUCGUCGUCCUCAAACACCACCAUGGCCGACGCCGUCACCGCCACCGCCGGUACCGUCUCCGCCCCGCCCGACCCCACCGCCACCGCCGACGCCAAGGCCACGAUCAAGGCCCUCAAGAACCGGGUGGCGGUCAUGGAAGACGCCCUGAGCGAGAUGAGACGGGAAGCACCCAAGAUGCGGGAGUCCAUGGCGUGGAUGUGGGAGAUCAUCGGUGAUGCCCGCGUUCACGUCCCGAGGGACUUGAGAGAUAUGUAUCAUGGCAGUAUGACUGUUGAUGCUGUGGAUUGGAUGGGGGGGAAGAAGGGGGGUGGCGGCCGGAAGGAGAAGGGAUGGAAGGAGGGGGGUGGUGAGAAGAAGAGUGGUGGUGGUGGGGAGAAGAAGGGUGAGGGGGGCCUGAAGGCCGACAACGUCGUCGUGGGUCGUAAGCGCAAGGGCGCGAGUCCGCUUGCGGACUACAGUAAGAGGGCGAGGGUCGAGAGUGAGGAUGAGGGGGAGCUGGACGGCUAA